AUGGGGUGCACGCAUUCUUCUCGGCGGGGUAGCGUGCCCUUCUCCAGCAGCUCGAGUGCAUGCAGCAGGAGCUUCAAAUAUGAAAAGCAGCAGCAGCAGCAGCAGCAGCAGCAGCAGCUGCUGCUGCUGCAGCACCACGACCAUGCUUCUACAGAACGCAGCACAGCUUCAGGUGUACGUACAGCAGCAACACGAGCAAGCACUGCUGGCAGCCCCCAGGGGCCCCAGAUAACAGACCCAGCAGCAGCAGCAGCAGCAGCAGCAGCAACAGCAGCAGCAGCAGAGGCUACAGCUGACCCUCCCCAGUCGUCGACCGCAGCAGCAGCAGCGCCAGCAGCAGCGCCAGCAGCAGCGCCAGCAGCAGCGCCAGCAGCAGCGCCGGCAGCGCCAGCAGGAGCAGCAGCAGCGCCAGCAGCGCCAGCAGCGCCAGCAGCAGCAGCAGCAGCGCCAGCAGCAGCAGCAGCAGCGCCAGCAGCAGCAGCAGCAGCGCCAGCAGCAGCAGCAACGUCAGUAGGAUCCCGAAUUAUCCGCUUUUUAAGGAAGCGUCCACCGAAGACAAAUCCCAAAUGGCAGCAGCAGCCGCAGCAGCAGCAGCAGCAGCAGCAGCUGGCGAAGGAACCGCAGCAGCAACAGCCUCAGCAGCAGCUGCUGCAGCAGCAGAAGCAGCAGCAGCUCCCACAGUGGAGGUCCCAGCAGCAGCUGCUGCAGCAGCAGCAGCAGCACUGGCAGCAGCAGGGAAGGCCCAAAAGCAUACAGCUAAGGCGGGGCCGCUCUUUGCUGCAGAGCAGCCCCAGGGUUAGACGCCCUGCUGCUGCUGCUGCUACUUUUGCUGCUGCUGCUCCUGCCUGUGCUUCUGCUGCUGCUGCUCCUCCUCCUGCUGCCAGCAGCAGCAGCAACAGGAAAGCUCACAGCUGCUGCUCCCCGCAACUCGACUCCCUCAACUCCUCCAGCGACGCGGGUUCGGAGGCGUCUGCGGGCUGCCCCCUUUUUUUGUCUCUUUACCGCCAGCCCCUUUUCUCUUCGAGAUUAAAAACAAAUGCCAACUUCGACGACUUCUACAAACUCACCAACCACGUCCUCGGCACAG